UAGUUUAGGUAGGUAGUGUGUUUCUAGAAAUUCAUCCAUUUCUUCUAGGUUUUCACAUUUGUUGGAGUAUAGUUUUUCAUAGUAAUCUGAUAUGAUUCUUUUAAUUUCAGUUGGGUCUGUUGUAAUAUCGCCCAUCUCAUUUCUUAUUCGGGUUAUUUCUUUCUCUCCUGUUUUUCUUUUGUCAGUUUGGCCAGUGGUUUAUCAAUUUUAUUAAUUUUUUCAAAGAACCGGCUCUUGGUCCUGUUAACUCUUUCAGUUGUUUUUCUGUUCUCUAUUUCAUUUAAUUCGAGCUCUAAUUUUUAUCAUUUGCUUUCUUCUGGUGCCUGAGGGUUUCUUCCGUUGCUCUCUAUUUGUUCAAGUUGUAGGGAUAAUUAUUUGAUUUUGGCCCUUUUUUGGAUGUGUGCAUUUACUGAUAUAAAUUGACCUCUGAGCACUGCUUUCACUGUGUCCCAAAGGUUCUGUUAGGAAGUGUUUUCAUUCUCAUUGGACUCAAUGAAUUUCUUUAUUCCAUCCUUGAUGUCUUCUAUAACCCAAUUGUUUUUGAGCAGAGUGUUGUUCAGUUUCCAAGUAUUCGAUUUCUUUUCCCUGCUUUUUCUGUUAUUGAUUUCUACUCUUAUGGCCUUAUGGUCAGAGAAGGUGCUUUGUAAUAUUUUGGUGUUUUGGAUUCUUCUAUGGCUUGCUUUAUGACCUAGUGUGUGGUCUAUUCUAGAGAAUGUUCCAUAUGUGUUGGAAAAGUACGUGUACUUGGCUCCUGUUGGGUAGAGUGUUCUGUAUGUGUCUGUGAGGUCAAGUUGGUUGAUUGUGGCAUUUAGAUCUUCCAUGUCUUUAUCAAACUUUUUUCUAGAUGUUAUGUCCUUCAUCGGAAGUGAUGUGUUGAAGUCUCCUAUAAUUGUGGCACCGUCUCUCUCACUUUUCAAUGGUGUUAGAGUUUGUUCUAAGUAUCUUGCAGCCCUGUCAUUGGGUGCUUAAAUAUUUCAUAUGGUUAUAUCCUCCUGGUUUAUUGUCCUUUAAUCAUUAUAUGGUGUCCUUCGUUAUCCUUUGCAGUUGAUUUAACUUUAAAGUCUAUUUUGUCAGAAAUUAAUAUUGCUACUCCUGCUCUUUUUUGAUUGUGGUUUUCUUGAUAUGUUUUUUUCCAUCCUUUGAGUUUUAGUUUGUUUGUGUCUCUGUAAGUCUAAGGUGUGUCUCUUGUAGGUAGCAUAUAGACGGAUCGUAUUUUUUUCAUCCAUUGUGCUACUCUCUGUCUCUUUAUUGGUGCAUUUAGUCCAUUUACAUUCAGCGAAUUAUGGAUAGGUAUGAGUUUAGUGCUGUCAUUUUGAUGUCUUUUUUGUGUGUGUUAUUGACAGUUGUCUUUUUCCCACUUAAUUUUUUUGUGCUGAGUAGAUUAUGUAUUGUCUAUUCCUCUUAUUUGUUGUUGUUGAUUUUGUUUCUGUAGAGUCUCUAUUUUUUCCUUGUAUUUUAUUUUGGUGAGUAGGAUAGUUCGUCUCCUUUGUGGUUACCUUAAUAUUUACCCCUAUUUUUCUAAGUUUAAACUAAUUUUAUUUCUUUAUAUCACCUUGUCUUCCUCUCCAUAUGAAAGAUCUGUGACUACAUUUCUUAGUCUCUCUUUAUUGUUUUAAUGUUGUCUUCUUUUACAUAAUGACAUCACUGUUUCCCUGUUUUGAGCAUUUUUUUUUUUUAAUAUUUAUUUUUGUGAUUUCCCUGUCAGGGUUGACAUCUGAUUGCUCUUUUCAGUGUUCUAGUCUUGGGUCGAUAAUCUGAUAGUAUUGAUUUUCUAACCAGAGAACUCCCUUUAGCAUUUCUUGUUGUUUUGGUUUGGUUUUUAUGAAUUCCCUAAACUCCUGUUUAUCUGGAAAUGUCCUAAUUUCACCUUCAUAUUUGAGAGAGAGUUUUGCUGGAUAUAUGAUUCUUGGCUGGCAUUUUUUUUCUUUCAGUGCAUUAUGUAUGUCAUCCCACUGCUUUGUUGCCUGCAUGGUUUCUGCUGAGUACUCCAAGCUUAUUCUUAUUGGCUCUCCUUUGUAGGUGACCUUUCAUUUAUCUGUAGCUGCUGUUAAAAUUCUUUUUUGUCUUUGAUUGUGGCAAGUUUGAUUAUAAUAUGCCUUGGUGACUUUCUUUUAAGAUCUAUCUUAUGUGGAGUUUGAUGAGCAUCUUGAAUAGGUAUCUUCUCAUCUUUCACGAUAUCGGGGAGGUGUUCUGCAAACAAAUCUUCAGCAGUUCUCUCUGUAUUUUCUGUUAUCCCUCCCUGUUGUGGUACUCCAGUCACUCAUAGGUUAUUUCUCUUGAUAGAGUUCUACAUGAUUCUCAAGAUUUCUUCAUUUUUUUUAAUUCUUUUAUCAGAUUUUUCUUCAAAUAUAUUGGUGCCAAGUGCUCUAUUUUCAGUUUCACCGAUUCGACCUUCCACUUGCUCAUUUCUGCUCCUCUGGCUUUCUGUCCAGUUGUCUAAUUCUGUAAUUUUAUUGUUAAUCUUCUGAAUUUCUGAUUGCUGUCUUUCUCUGGAUUCUUGCAACUUAUUAAAUUUUUCAUUAUGUUUUUGAAUAACCUUUUUAAUUUCUUCAACUGCUUUAUCUGUGUGUUGCUUGGCUUGUUCUGCGGAUUGCCUGAUCUCCUUCCUGAUCUCAUUCCUGUUUUCUUGAAGAGCUCUGCAUAUUAAUUUUUUGUAUUCUGCAUCCAGUAAUUCCAGGAAUGCACCUUCAUUCAGAAGAUCCCCUGAUUCUUUGUUUUGGGAGCUUGUUGAAGCAAUCAUGGUCUGCUUCUUUAUAUGAUUUGAUAUUGACUACUGUCUCCGAGGCAUCUGGGGAUUGUACCUAAAGGGAGCCCUGGUGGCACAGUGGUUAAGAGCUUGACUGCUAGCCAAAAGGUCGGCAAUUUGAAUCCACCAUCUGCUCCUUGGAAGUCCUUCGAGUUUCCUGUAGGGUUGCCGUGAGUGAGAAUCGGCUUGACGGAGGAACUCUUGAUGCAAUCAAGGAAAGAACUUUUAUGCGCUGACCUCCCUGAAGAUUUUCUAAGGAGCAAAGGAAAUGUACAGAUUACAACUGAAACUCUACUAAAAUCCAUUGAAAAAGUACAAGGUAUGAAGGUCAAUGAGGCUAAGAUGGAUAAUACUGAAGGACACAGGCAUGGCAACUUGAGUAAAGGUCUCUCCACUGGGUGCAGUGAAUACCCAGAAGUAGACAAAAUCAUGACCAGUGGUGAAGUUUUAGAAACCAGCACGUUAGUUUCCCUAGAGCCUUUAACCUUUGUGGACUCUGGAUUAACAGAAGCAACUUCUAAAGAAAAAGAACAUGAAGAAUUAAAACUUUGUCCUUCUUCAUUGUCAUUAUUACCAGGGAACAGUGCCAUUUCCAAAGUGGACAAUGGAAAGGAAGAGUUAUGUAAAUUAAACCUUGUCUGUGAAGCAGAUGACAAUCACCAACAGAUUCUUGUCCACUGUAAUGAAAAACACAGUUCUGCUCAUGACCGCCCCAUGCACACGAGAAGCGUAGUUGUUGCAGAACCCUUGGAAGAAAAUUAUAAAGUUUCAUAUUUCACAUCAAGCUUGUCUAAUGUAGAAUCCAGAACAACAUCCCUGGAAGAAUGUGGUUCAAAAGGUGGUGGCUUGAUUAAGAGAUCUACUGAAAAGACAGACACUUCCUAUUUGGAUCAGGAUGACCAAAGCAAGAACUUGGCUUCCAGAGAGGAAAAUGAAAAACAGCGUUUGAGCCCUGGGAGUGAAAGGGGAGAACUCUCUCCUUUUAAUCCUGCUCAGCCAGAAGAGGAUGCUAGUGGACAUUGUUCUGGCUAUUCUGGUGAAAAAGAGAUUGUUGACUCUCCAAAGGAAAAUAUCAAUGAUAACUAUUACAUUCAAGGCCGUAUCCAUACGGAAAGCCUUUAUUCUUUAAUGCCCGGUUCUUCUACUGAAGCCACAAAAGUAAUGUUAAAAGAAAAUAAUUUGAAAAUGACUUCAGACAUUCAAGGAAGCUUCAUAAACUGUGAGGACCAUACAGAAACAUUUGCUAAUAUUAAUCAUUCAGGCAAACACUAUGAAGAAAACAAUUUUUCCUCAUUGAUGCAAAUUGAAAAGCCAGAACGAACAACCACUACAGAUCCCAGGAUAUUAAAUGAAAAGAUUUACAGUAAAGAUUCAGACUCCUUAGUCAAUAUCCAGAGGAGUCUGGAAAACAACACCCAGUUAAAUGAAAGAUCAUGUAGUGGGUUUCUGUUUAAAAGAAAAUCCCUUGUGAAUACAAUGCCAGAGGACCAGAUAAUUCCUAUAAAUGAAGUGUCAAAACCCAAAUAUGGUACUGUUCAGUUACCACCACCCCUAGAAUGGGAUUGCAGACCUGAGUCAGAAAAAACUAUACAGAACUCACAUGAUGAUAUUCCACGUUUAGAUGAACAGAGCAUUGCUUGUGAAGUAAAUGAACUUUCUUGUACUGAUGAACUAGUUGUAAACAAAGUAGAAAGUGAAUGUGUUUUAAAUCAACAAGUGUCCCUUAAUUCUCAAGACCACGUGAAGUUGCCAUCUGACUCCUUACUAAAUAUAAACAAAGAGAUGCUUAGAGCAAGACGUGAGGAUUUCCAACAGAGUCAUCACUAUCCAUUUGAGGUUGCAGCAGACAUCAUUGCUAAUACCCAGACCGUUCCCAUUAAGACUAGAAUGAAAGACAUCUCUCCACCAGGUGACAAAACCUGUGAUGCUUCUUCAAACAGUUCAAAGUUAAGCAUCAAACUAGGAAGCCUGGAAAGAAACAAACAAGUGGCUGAUUCAGGAAUAGAAGACCUGCAUUUCAGGCUUCUUUCAAGUAAGAAUGAAGCACCUGGCUUUCCUCAAGAAGUGUCUUUCAUGGAAUGUCAAAAUGUUCAUUCUCAGGAUAAAACCAGCAGCCAUUGUGUAAGUAAAAAUGCAUCAGAAGAGGGCAUCUGUCCUGCUUGUACUAAUUUUGAGUCUAGCAAAAUCAUCCUGGAAGUUGCAAAGCCUUUGAUAACAAAAUGUGAGAAUGCAUGUCAGCACAGCAAUCACCACUCCCAAGGAAUUGAAAACUCCAUGAACAGUAGCGCCUGCAAAGUGAAUUAUACAUCAGAGGAAGGUGAACUUGAUGGGAGAGAAAUUAAAGAUAGCCUUCAAGAAGAUCAGAUCAGAAAGGAAAUGACAGUAGGCACAUUAAGUAAUGGAGCCCCAAUCAAAACCAUUUGUAUCCCCAGUCACAUCAAACACAGUAAGGAAGGGCUAGAAGGAAAGGGACAGGAUUUACCCAAAGAGACUGUAUUUUGUAAGUAUGACAUCUCUGAUUAUGUUUCACAAGGACUAAACCAAUCUGCAAACAUUCCAAGUCCUGAAAAAUUGUUGGACCAGUCUCCUAAUGUUAUGUCCUCCAGUUUUAAAAGCAAAAUCCAGGCAGAAGAACCUCAGACAGAUGAAGUCCUUGACUGCCAGAGUAACCUAAACAGACCAGAUGAAUGGAGAAGUGAAGAUAAACCAGCUAAGGAGACAAAAGAUAGUGACGAGAGAAAGAGUGUCAUAGAGCCCAACAGAGAACUAAGCCACAACCAAAAGGAUCUGAUUACUUGUUCAGGCAAUAAUAACCCACCCUCUCGUGGUAGUCCAAAGAAAGAUGAUUUUAAAGACUUUGAGAAUAUUCGUGCCUGUGAAGACUCCUCAGACAACGUGGUAGACACUGUCUGCACAAACUGUAGCAGUAAGCCUGCAGAAGGAGUGCUGGACAGAAAGGCAUGUAGUGCACUUGAUAGCAGUGCAGGGCAAGAUAAACCAGCAUUACCUGAAAGCUCAAGGAGUGCCCCAUCUCAGAGAGAAGAGCUGAAUGCUGGAUUUACAAGAAUGAUUGACCAGAACUCAGAUUUCCCUGAUGCUACUACCUGUACAGUGGAAUCUCUUGAAAUAAAAAAACCAUGUGAAGAGAAAGUAUGCAGAUCUUUAAAAGAUUGUGAAAUGGACUUGUGUACAGAUUCUUGUGCCCAUGAGGCAGAGUCUGCUGCAGAUCAUGAACCGGAUGUAAGAGUGUUAGGUAGAGCAAAUGUGUCUUUAAAUUGUAUUCAUCAUGAACAGCAAGUUAAAGGAGCAUCUCUGAGAGAACCACAAGCAGUGGAUAAAGGAUCAAGACUAGAAAUAAAUUCUGAGUUUGGGAAGGAAAAUUCCUUUGGAAUUUCUCCAAAAGAGUUGAUAUGUUCUAGAUACCAAGAUGAGAACUCUCCCCGCCAAGGGGACCUGCGCUCCAUUGAGAGACUACCUUCAUAUCUGUCUUUUCAAGAAAAUUCAGAAACUAAUGUUAAUAAUACCUUGGGUGGAGAAACUCACCCAAAAAAUGUUUUUAAACCAAAAGAUGGUGAAAUACUUUGUGAAAAUGUAAAGGACUGCAUAGUCCUGCCUGAGGUGAAGGAAGGAGCACCAAGGGAUAUGAGCAGUCCUAGUGAAAGAGCCAGUAUAUACAUCAGUGUAAAAAAGGGUAUGUCAGAAGUUUGUCACCCUGAUGAGAAUGCCAGUGUUAGACACUUGCCUUUGACAUUGGGAACAGAAGCUAAAGUGAAAAGAGAAGAAAUCAAAGAACACUGGAGGGGACCACUGGGUCACUUCAUUAUUGGGGAGAAAUCAAAAGAGAUGAUGACUGGAGAAGAUGGUGAUAUUGAUAAUAAGAGCAAGAUUUCUCAGACCCACUUUAAAUGCAACAGAAUACUUGUUGAUGCCGAAGAACAACACAGCCAGAAGGUUUUAGAAAACUCGUUGCCAAAGGAAGAGAAACAUUUAUGUCUAAAAGGAGCGCAUCCUGUAUUGGAACAAUGCAUAUCAUCUCAUAUGUUGUCUGAUGAGGUGCAAAAUAGGGGCUCAUCUAAGGAUUACAAGAAUGAGUUCACCAUGAUGAAGGAAAUCCCCCUAGCAAAGCUGCCCGGGGGUGACAUCGCAGCAUGUUCUCAGAAGUUAAAAGACCCAGAGAUGGAAAGCUUGUAUCAUCCAUUGAAGAAGGACUUCAAGUUGCCCGCAGGCCAUUGCCUUCCUGGUGUCCCCCAGAAAGCACAAAACCCCCGCUGUGCUGGGUGUGAUGAAAUACACGGUGCCUUUGAGAACACUUCACGUCAGAAAAGAGUGCUUCCCUUAAAGAAGCAGCCCCAUCGAACAUGUAAAAGAGCUUCCUGUCAGGAUCAAGUCAUGGUGGGAAGAAAAGUAAGUAAAAUUGGCAGCUCCACGUUUUUAAAGAGCUCCUCAGAAACCAUCCCCACAAAAGAACCCAGACUUCUCAGUUCAUGUGCAGUGUCUGUAUCUGUACAAUUGGAAUCCGAAACAGUAACACCCAGGAGCUCAACUAGCCACAUACCAAAGCAGAGGGGUGCUCCGUGCCAGGUUUUGAGGAGCCUGAACUUCAGGAAGCCUACCAAAGAAUCAGCGUUACUAACCAAGCUGUCCAUCCUCGCAUGUAAACUGGUCCCCAUCACAAAGACCCAGAAAUCGAGAUAUUGGCAUUGUUCCUCUGAACUCCUUCCAGUGGCUAAAAGCUACAAGCGGCUCAGAUAUAAAAGAUUUCUGGAUGGAUUUUCAUAUAAUACAAUGCAGCUGAAUCCAUAUUUGGCAGCUAGUAGAUGGGAUAAGAAGCCUAACAAUAAGCCCGUGGCACUUUAUCCUCUUGAAGCCAUCAAAAUGAGCUUCAUAGAUCUGAGCAACAAGAUGCCAUCUCUGCUGUUUGGUACGGAAAUCUUUCCGGUAUCCUUUCACAUGAACUCAGGCUCAGAUUGCAUGGCUGAGGCCUUUAAGACUUUCCCCGAGCACUGUGCUCCAGCAAGGCUUGCCUUAGGAGAGGCCCCCAGGUGCCCAUCUCGACCUCCCAAGUGGACCUUUUCUUUCUUCUUCUCACAUAGCGGUUCUGGGACGGCCACAUUCAGGGAAGACACUGACCUCCAGAGUCAGGCCCACUCCCAGGCCCCUCCAGUUCCUGUCCAAGACUCUGGCGGCACAGCCACAGUCCAGACCAGAGCAGGUUUCUCUGUCCUCGGCCUUCAAACGCUGCUAGCACUUUGUUCCCCUGGAUGUUACCGGAUCUGGACAAAAAAAUGGAGCUUCUCUAACCACAUGCCUACCAUACAGAGGCUCUUCAUGACACAGUUUACACAGGGCUUGAAAGGAUUAAAGCCUCCAGCAUCCAUAGCAGACAAAGUCUUCUGUUCUCUGCCCUACUCAGUGGGUAGGGUGCUGUCCAUUUGGAGCCAGCAUGGUCCUUCUACCUGCCCCCUCGAAAUUUCUGCUCUUCAUUCCAGUCACAGCAAGUGGCAGCCAAGCCUGCAGCCAAGCCUGGGCACAACAAGCAGCCACAACAUGUUACCAUAUGUGCCUCUUCCAGGCAUGGAAGCUGCAUAUAGCACCAGAGGCAGUGAGAUGAGGCUUGAGCCUCCAUUCCCUACCUUGGUACCAAAGUCUUGCUUGGUAACAGAAACAGCUGUCAGCAAGCUCCUGCUUUCAGCCUCUGAGUUCCAGGUUCCUGGAUUUGAUGAGUUGGAUGGCGUGACAGCAGUGUGCCCCCGACCACAGAGCAGCCAUCCAGAGCAGAAAGAGGCUGAGCCAGAGAAGAGGCCAAAGAAAGUCUCACAGAUUCGCAUCCGGAAAACUAUUCCUAAGCCAGACCCUAACCUUACCCCCAUGGGCCUCCCUCGACCCAAAAGGUUAAAGAAGAAGGAGUUUAGUUUAGAGGAAAUAUAUACCAACAAGAAUUAUAAGUCCCCUCCUGCGAACAGGUGUUUAGAAACCAUCUUUGAGGAACCUAAGGAACGAAAUGGUACGCUAAUCUCAAUUAGUCAACAGAAGAGGAAGCGAGUUCUCGAAUUUCAAGAUUUUACGGUCCCGAGAAAGAGGAGAGCUCGCGGUAAAGUCAAGGUGGCAGGCAGCUUUACCAGGGCCCAGAAGGCAGCCCUGCAGAGUCAAGAGCUGGAUGCGCUUUUGAUACAGAAAUUAAUGGAACUGGAGACCUUUUUUGCCAAGGAAGAGGAACAGGAGCAAUCAUCAGGUUGUUGAGAAGCAAUCCAAUUGAGAGAUCUCAAUUGUUUUUUGGACCUUCUUGAAAGAGGUUGCCUAAUUUUGCCCUACCACCCAAACCACUCAAAAGGCACAGCCCAUGGAUUUUUGCCUAUUUUAAGGUGCAAACUUUGUAGUGACCGGUGAAGGAGGGUCCUCUACUUCUACUGCUGAGUGUAGAACCUCAGGAAUGCUCCCUUUCUCCUGGAAAUGGUCCUGAAUGACAGCUGGCCUCCUUGUCCCCAUCUCUGCCAUCUGCAGGAGGAGGAAGUCGUUGUAGAUCUUAAGUAACACUAGGAUUCCAAGGACACACGUUACUUGCACGUCCAUAUGAAAGUUCUGCAUUGUUUACGGUGGUGCUAGACCAGGACUUAUUAGAAACAGGGCCUAGGGAGGUGGACCUGUCAUCCUGCCCUUUGGGGUCUUGCUGGCUCAUUUCAGUAGUUGAGGGAAGAUGAGCUGCUGUGUUUUCCAGUCCUUUGAGUCCGUCUGCCCAGAGCCUGGGAGGUGUGUGCGUGUGCGUGUGCGUGUGCGUGUGUGUGUGUGGCUUUUCCCUGUUGCUUUCCUCUGCUCUGUGUCUGUGUAUCACUCGUGCCAGAGGAGCCCAUCCAGGCCCCAUUGAGAGUCAGUUGCACUUUUAAUGUUGUGGUGUUGAUGAUUUUCAUUUGUUUUCUUUUCUUUUUUUUUGUAUUAUUACUGCUGCAUGUUUGGAACCUUUAAAUGUGAUUUUAAAACUUUUUUUUUUCUUAAGACAUUGAGGAGAAAAACAGAACCUGUCUUAAGAAUCUGUUAUAGGCAUUCGACCGAGUUUUUGGUGCAUGUUAUGGGAUGAUAGACAUUUUCCCAUUGACAUGUUUUAAGCGAUCCCUUCCCCAUCUCUGACUUCUAGUGUAACUCAUUGGGGGGAGCACUUUUCAUCUGGGUUCUCAUUCUGGCCCACUAAGCAGGUGUAUUUAUUUUAAUGACAUAAGAAAGAGCAGGUUUCUCCUCCAGUCACUCUUAAAAAAACACUUAAGAUUGGGUGUGGUUUUAAUGGACUUUAUCUGAGAUGGUGGUUUGUCACAAAGUUGGGUACAGCAGCUCGGGUGGUAACAAAUAUAGCCCUGAGUAUUUGCAGCUAUCAGAGCUGCCUGCUCAGAGGGCAGGAGAGAGGACGAAUGGUGGCCCAGAUCCAGUGAUGCAUUCUUGCAUGGGAUCAUAAUCAGCCCUCUCUUAGGGCACGUCGCUGUACUCUGGGUUCCUGUGUCAAACCUAUUGGAAAUUAUAUAGAAUGCCAGAGUUAGCAAAGUUUCUUUGUUUGUGCCUACAGGAGUCUGUGGGCAGAAGGAUGCUGUGUGGGUCAGAGGCCCAAAGGUCUCAUUCCUUUUCCACUUAAUCCCUCUGUGCCCUCACUCUGCUCCCCUCCUCUCCUUCACUGUGUUUUCUCUAUCUCUCUCACUCACUCUCGAAACAAGAGCUCAGAGAAUUAACAUUCCUUGACUGGUGAGUGGAGUGCUGAUGCAGCCUCAGGACGCAGCCUCAGGGCACCAGGACAUGGGCCACCUCUUCCCGUGCUCCUGGGAGCCCCUGCUGUGAGGAAGCGCACGCGGGAACUGUGAAAGCUCCAGAGACGUUUUCAGUCAGUCUGUUGGAGAAGAGUGGUGGUGCUGGCCUGAAAUGUUGGCAUCUCUCGUAGGUGUCUUUUUUCCCCGUUUGUUAGUGGGCAGGGAGAUUGGGGUGGGGGUGGGAUCUCUGUGUGCCUUUGCUUUGCAGGUUGACAGUCUGUGCCAUGCUGGAGCAAAAAAAAAAAAGUGCCACAUCUGUCUUUUAGGCCCACUUCCUCAGCCAUAGCAUUUAGAUAGCUGAAAUGUACCGCUGGUAAUCAAGAGAGGCUUCUAAGGCCAUGGCCAGUUGGAUUAGAAGAGAGCCAGGUGUCCACACUGGCUCCUAAUGAUGCUAACCUGAUUCUGCCAUUCUACGUCCACUUUGCCCAGACCGUAUAGACACGACUGGUUCACCUCACUACCUCCCCCUUCCUGGGACAGGGCUCUUAGACACUAAAUGCUUCUCUCUGUCUUUUUGCUUCAGGGAGUGGGAUGCGUAAAAUAUGUUGUGCCAUUGCGCAGACAUUUUAUGGAGCUCCUGCUGGGCAGCUGGCUCACUACCAGGGAAUUGACAGAUUCUGUGUCCAGCUCUAUCACCAGUAGACAGGUCAGUGACCAUGUCAUCCAGCAGACUGGAGUUGAGAUGGACAUAGUUCUGGCAUCACCAACUUUGCAGAGAAAACAAUUUCAAGUUUGUUUGUUAUGGAUGUGGUACUUGAAAGGGCCAGGAGCAGUGAUUUGGAACAUUGGUACCUGGGAAUAAAGGGAUGGGGGAAAUGGAGACCUGGGCUCUUGGAAACCCUAUCAGUCCCUCCUUGUCCUGGGAAAGUAGGAGAGAACCUGCUCUGAGGCUGACCUUCUCUCUCCCCUCCCCAGUUCAAAAUUAAGAAGGAGCUCCCAUUACAAACUUGAAAUUAACUUACCUGAAGUUGAUACAUCAGAUUAUAGCUGUGCUCUGCCAUACUUGUCUUAACUGCCAGUUUAGCCAUUGACCUAACCAGCCAUAGUGCUGUCAGUGGUCCCUCGGUGCCGGGACUCUUGUGGUGCCUGCCCAUGAGGGGAGAUGUUACCUGCUGGCAUGCCACCUGCCCACAGCUACAGUAGGUUUGCUUCCUGAGUGCAAGUUGGUAUGGGGAUUUCCCAUCUCAGGUGGUAACUUCCUCAGCUAUAGCUCACCUCCAGAGGUUUGCUGUUUUUAAUAUGGGAAAGAGAGGAGAAAUCUCAGGUCCAAUCAGGGUUCCACCCAUCCAGCUUUUCACUGAAACUUUUUUUUUUUUUUUAGUUUAUAGCUAUAUUUAGUUCCCACACCCCCUCCUCUUCUCUCUCUUUUUUUUCUUUUCCUUUUGGUCUUCCCAGCAUCAUUUCUCCAUUAGUUUGAACGUACCUCAUCACCUGUUAAAGCAGAUUAUGUCCACUUUUUCUUACUGACCUUACUCGUAAGAGCUACAACUGAGGAAGGUACAGUGGAAAGAUGUGAUGUUUGCCUUACUCAGAGCCUGAAGAGCUCGGAAACUCAUGCUGUGAAUCCCAUAAUUCAGUGCUCCUCUUACAGCUGUGAAAAUCAUGAUACUUCGUCACAAUUUUGCCUGAAAGCGUCUUUUGCGUGGGCACCAGAGCCAACCUGAUUCAAAAUCAAUCAAUCAGAGCCAAUCAAUUCAAAAUCCCUCUCUCUGGGCACCAUAGUUGCACCAUGGUUCCUCCCCAUCCACCUGACUGAGAGCAGCACAGAAGGGGCAGAAUUGCAGCCACAGAGCUGAGGCUUUGGUGCAGGCUGAUGGGAUACAGAGCCAGUGCUCCAACUCCAGGCUGGGGUUCCAUCUCAUAGUCAAUACCAUGUUCAUUAAGAUCCACGAAAGACCAACUUUUAGGCAGUAAUACUUUUCUCCUGUUACCAGGGAGUGAAGUAUGCAGUUGGUGCUUUCUUGAAUUCCCUUGGAGAUUUUGUUCUGCUUUGUUUUUGUAAGCUUUUCCCUUGAAAUCAUGGAAAGAACCUCUUAAAUACCACAUUGUGGGUGGCUGUAUCCAAAGUAUGAAUAGUCGUCCAGAGGUGUGGACUGUCCUGAACUCACGUGAGGGAACAGCUCCAUGCCAAAACUGAACUCAUUUAUUAAGCCGACUAGGGAGAGAGGCUUAAUUUUACUAAAAUCAAAGCUUAAUAUUAUCUGUCCACAAAUUUAGCCCCAAAGCUAUUGUGACUGUAAAGUGGGGUCGCUAUAUAGCUCACCAUCUAGCACAGCAUACUCUCAGAUUGGAUGCUUGUUAAUUACGUGUUUUCACAGCUCCCUCUCUGGUGCUGAAUUGGAUUUGAAUUCUUGGUGAGAGGCCUUGACAUCUCCUUGGGCUGGUCUGGGCCAGUAAAUUGCUGCCUGAAGUGUUUAUAUAUUAUCAUGGUCAACAGUUCAGUGAAAUUUGUACAUUUUUGGUAACAUUGGUAUACAUGAUGCCCCUGCAAUUUCUUUUCUGUUUGGUAGUUUGUGACUCUAAAAUUCCCACUGUUAUGUGUGUUAAUUUAUGAAAAUAAAUUUUUUUUAAACCUUUCAAAUAACUCUCCAGGAUACUGUUUUAUUCUGAUGGCUUGAUAAUUAGUUGAAAUUUAGCCUGUAAUGUUAUAAGUUUCUUUUUUAUAGAUGUUACAAAGUUAUAUGUCACAAUAAGCAUUAUUUCUUCCAAAGUAGUGGUCAUUUUCUGCGGACUGCCCUGUGCUCAGAAUGUAUGUAGAACCUCACACUUAAAAUGGCCUUCAGAGCUUACGAUGGAGCUUUCUGAAUUUACCCAGUGGUGGCAACUUAUCUUUUGUGAGGAAUUUCCUAUUUGGAAACAAAAUCAUAGCUGAUUAAGUUGGGUAAUGUUGCUAAGCAAAUAAUUUGUGUGAUUUUUAAAUGGUGCAACUUACUUUCUCACAUGACUGGCAAAUUAAAGAGUGGUUAUAAGUUUAGGUCAAAAUAUGUGUCAACUAUAACAACAUAAUUAGAAUAGGUCCCUGCCUUGCUGAGGAGAGUAUACAUAUGGUGGAGUAUAGUCAUUAAAAAAAAAAAGUCUCACAUUUUGUCACAUGCUUUUCCCAGUUGUACGUGAGGUUAGGCUGUGAGCCUUCUAACCCUCAAUUCUUUGUGAACCAGUGGAAACUGGUGAAAGAACAACCCUGAAAGCAUGGCUCUCUAAUGCCGUACCAACAUGUUUCACAUGGCUGGGGCAGGAUAUUCUUCCCUAAGUACAGAUCGAAAGUACUGCCCUUCCCUUCAUCUCAGGAUUUCUACAAUAAGGAAUUCUGUCUGUGUAUCUUCUACCUUUAGGGGGCAUUCUGCCUGACAGUUCUGCUUCUGCUUGUUGGGUUCCGUGAUUAUUUGGGAAAGAGUACUCUCCUACACCUUUUCUUCCGUCAGAAAGGAGAAGGCCUAAUUAUAUAUUGAGCAUUAUUAUUUCUUUAACAUCUCCCAGAAUAGCUUUUUUCUCCUCCACCACUUUUAAGAGAACUGUCCCAAACUGAUGUAAGAGUUGUCUUCAAAUAAGAAUGCAUGAAUAAAAUGAGGAUAUAUAAAAAUAUAUGAAGAAACCAAACAAAUAUUGUAUCUGAAAGAGAGUAACUGAAAUGAGAAAUAUAAUGGGAGUAUUUCAACAGGUAAAAGAAAGAAUUGGUGAAUUAGUGGGUAAGAUAGCACAAAUUACAAAGGAUGAAGACAGCAACAAGAAUGAAGGUUCAAGACUGCUGAGCACAGUUUUUAAUGGAGUAAUGGGACAUCAAAAGACUUAAUAUAUACAUCACAGGAAUUCCGGAAGAUAGGACAGAAAGAAUAUUUGAAAAAUGACAAAAUUUUCCCAAUCUGACGAAGGACAAGAAUGUGUAAGUCCAAGAAGCUCAAAGAACUCCAAGCAGGAUAAACUUGAAGAGAUGUACACCAAGACACAUAAUCAGGCUCUAGAAUGUUAUAAAUGCAAGAUGUCAAGUGUAAUAUUCAUGGUAACUACUAAAAAAAAUCUUAAAAAGAUGCACAAAAGGAAAGAAGAAGGAACCAAAGAGGCUCACUAAAAUGAACCAACAAAACACAAAAGCAGACACGAUUAAAGGAAAAAGAGAAGGCUUGUUGUUAGGUGCUGUCCAGUCAGUUCUGACUCAUAGUGACCCUAUGUACAACAGAACGAAACGCUGUCUAGUCCUGUGCCAUCCUCACAAUUGUUUUUAUGCUUGAGCCCAUAGUUGCAGCCACUAUGUCAAUCCAUCUUGUUGAGGGUCUUCUGCUUUUUCACUGUCCCUCAACCAAGCAUGGUGUCCUUCUCCAGUGACUGAUCCCUCCUGAUAAUGUGUCCAUAGUAUGUGAGACAUACUCUUGCCAUCCUUGCUUCCAAGGAGCAUUCUGGUUGUAUAUCUUCCAAGAUUUGUUUGUUCUUUUGGCAGUCCAUGGUAUAUUCAAUAUUCUUCACCAGUACCACAAUUCAGAGGAGUCAGUUCUUCCAUCUUCUGUAUUCAUCGACCAGCUUUUGGAUCCACAUGAGGCAAUUGAAAACACCAUGGCUUGAGUCAGGCACACCUUAGUCUUCAAGGUGGCAUCUUUGCUUUUCAACACUUUAAAGAGGUCUUUUGCAGCAGAUUCUCCCAAUGCAAUGUGUCAUUUGAUUACUGCUGCUUCCAUGGAUGUUGAUUAUGGAUCCAAGUAAAAUGAAACCCUUGACAACUUCCAUCUUUGUGUGCGUGUGUGUGUAUGUGUUUUAAGUGAAAGUUUAUGAUUCAAGUCACUUUGUCAUACAAAAACUUAUACACACAUUGUUAUGUGACCCUACUUGCUCUCCCUGCAAUGUGACAGCAUAUUCCUCUUCCACCCUGUAUUUCCCAUGUCCAUUCAACCAACUCCUGUCCCCUUCUGCUUCCUCAUCUUGCGUCUGGACAGAAGCAGGCCAUUUAGUCUCAUGUAUCUACUUGAACUAAGAAGCACACUCUUCACUGGUAUCAUAUUAUGUCUUAAAGUCCAGUCUAAUUUUUGUCCGAAGAGUUGGCUUUGGGAAUCAUUUUACUUCUGAGCUAACAGCCUGGGGACCAUAUCUUCCGGGGUGCCCCCAGUCUCAGACCAUCAAGUCUAGUCUUUUUGCUAGAAUUUGGGUUCUGCAACCCACUUUUGUCCCACUCCAUCAGGGACUCUGUUGUGUUCCCUGUCAGGGUGGUCACUGGUAGUAGCCAGGCACCAUCUAGUUAUUCCAGCCUCUGUUUUUUCCAUUUAUCAUGAUGUUUAUUGGUCCAGUUGUGAGGAUUUUUGUUUUCUUUAUAUUGAGGUGUAAUCCAUACUAAACCUUGUGGUCUUUUAUCUUCAUCAGUAAGUGCUUCAAGUCCGCUGCAUUUUCAACAAGCAAGGUUGUAUCAUCUGCAUAUUGCAGGUUGUUAUUGAGUCUUCCUCUAAUCCUGAUGCUUGGUUCUUCAUAUAGUCCGGCUUCUCGCAUUCUUUGCUCAGCAUACAGAUUGAAUAGGUAUGGUGAAAGGAUAUAACCCUGACGCACACCUUUCCUGACUUUAAAUCACAUAAUAUUACAUUGUUCUGUUUGAACCACUGCCUCUUGAUCUAUAUACAGGUUCCUUAUGAACACAAUUAAGUGUUCUGGAAUUCCCAUUCUUUGCAAUGUUAUAAUUUAUUAUGAUCCACGCAGUUGAAUGCCUUUACAUACUUAAUAAAACACAGGUAAUCAUCUUUCUGGUAUUCUCUGCUUUCAGCCAGGAUCCAUCUGACAUCAGCAUUGUUAUCCCUGGUUCCACGUCUUCUUCUGAAUCUGGCUUGAAUUUCUGGGAGUUUCCUGCUGAUAUACUGCUGCAGCCGCUUUUGAAUGAUCUUCAGCAAAAUUUUACUUGCGUGUGAUAUUAAUGAUAUUGUUCGAUAAUUUCUGCAUUCGGUUGAAUCACCUUUGUUGGGAAUAGGCAUAAAUAUGGAUCUCUUCCAGUCGGUUGACCAGAUAGCUGCCUUCCAAAUUUCUUGGCAUAGACGAGUGAGCACUUCCAGUGCUGCAUCUGUUUGUUGAGACAUCUCAAUUGGUAUUCCAUCAGUUCCUGAAGCCUUGUUUUUUGCCGAUGCCUUCAGUGCAGCUUGGACUUAUUCCUUCAGUACCAUCAGUUCCUGAUCAUAUGCUACCUCCUGAAAUGGUUGAACGUCAACAAAUUCUUUUUGGUACAGUGACUCUGUAUUUCUUUCGUCUUCUUUUGAUGCUUCCUGUGUCAUUCAAUAUUUUGCCCAUAGAACCCUUCCAUAUUCCAACUCGAGGCUUAAAUUUUUUCUUCAGUUCUUUCAGCUUGAGAAAUGCUAAGCAUGUUCUCCCCUUUUGGUUUUCUACCUCCAGGUCUUUGCACCUUCGUCUUCGCAAGCUGCCCUUUGAAAUCUUCUAUUCAGCUCUUUCAUUUCAUCAUUUCUUCCUUUUGCUUUAGCUACUUGAUGUUCAAGAACAAGUUUCAGAGUCUCUUCUGACAUCCAUUUUGGGCUUUUCAGAAGCAGAUUGCUGGGUCCUUCUUCCUAGUCUGUCUUAGUCUGGAAGCUUAGCUGAAACCUGUCUACCAUGGGUGAUCCUGCUGGUAUUUCAGUACAAGUGCAUAGCUUCCAGCAUGACAGCAACACACAAGCCCCCAUAGUACAACAAACUGACAGAUGUGUGGGGGAAAGAAGGCCUAAGACACACAAAAAAACAGAGUGGCAGAAGUAAGUCCUUUCUUAAAAGUAAGAAAUACUUAUGUUGUUGUGUUGUUGUUACAUGCCGUCGAGUCGGGUUCCGACUCAUAGUGACCCUAUGCACAACAGAACGAAACACUGCCCAGUCCUGCGCCAUCCUCAAAAUCGUUGUUAUGCUUGAGCUCAUUGUUGAAGCCACUGUGUCAGUACACCUCGUUGAGGGUCUUCCUCUUUUCCGGUGACCCUGUACUCUGCCAAGCAUGAUGUCCUUCUCCAGGGACUCAUCCCUCCUGACAACAUGUCCAAAGUAUGUAAGUCGCAGUCUCGUCAUCCUUGCUUCUAAGGAGCAUUCUGGCCGCACUUCUUCCAAGACAGACUUGUUUGUUGUUUUGGCCAUCCAUGGUAUAUUCAAUAUUCUUCGCCAACACCACAAUUCAAGAGCGUCAACUGUUCUUCGGUCUUCCUUAUUCAUUGUCCAG